GUAUUAUAUAUUCAUCGUCUAAAUCACAAAAAACCAUAAUCAAGGUCAACCCUAGUUCUCCACACAUAAACGUCCCUGCUAUAAUGGCGGCAACAGCAUCCAUUGGUGUCUCAGUGAAGACGUUGUUUAUCGUCUUGUUUUGUGUGAUGGUAGCUGCGUUUGCUUAUUUGUUCCUUUUCGGUGACUUCUUUUCUUGUUUUGACAUACAUGCGAGGUGGUACAAAAUAAUGAUGGCAGACUUUACGACAUGUGCUGUUGUAAUUGGGGUAUGGAUUGCCUACAAGGAAUCAAGUUGGAUUAUUGCAUUUGUUGUAAUAGCCGCAAUGCAGGUUCUAGGAAGCUUUGUUAGCCUUGGAUAUAUCCUUACACAAUUCUACAAGCUAUCACAUGAAGAAUAUUUGAAAGAUCCAUUGUAUUUUGUGUUAGCAAGAUCUAAAAAUAGGGAUGUCAAUGGAGGAUCUUUUGUUGUAGCUGCAAGAGUGCUCUUUUCGGUAUUAGGCUGUCUGGUGCUGGGAACUCUGAUUUAUACAAUUAUUGAAGAGCUAACCCCAUCCUAUACCAAACAUUUCAAUUCGUGCUCCGUAGUAUUUGAAAUUGACGUGUAUAUCCUCGUUGCGAUUUUUGCGGUAUGGAUAGCAUAUAAGGAAUCAAGUUGGAAGAGAGCUUUCCUUUGGAUUGUUUUACUUGUAUGUUUAAGAGGUGUUACUAUAUGUGUAUACAUAGUGCGACAAUUGUACGGCCUCUUACCUCAGCAACCCGCUUCCCUAAUAUUGUUCAACACCAACAGAGAUAUACAGUCAAGUGAUCCACGGUUGAUGGAGCAUCCAGAUUAUGCAUAGAUACGAUAUGUUGCAUGGUAUUUUUUUCACUUUUAACUUAAUAUAUAACCACAAUAUAUAUGUCAUUGGUCUUGAUUUUACCUUUAAUGGUUUUGAACUGUCAGUAAACUAAGCACGAUGUUGUAAUAUUUUGUUCUUACCUUGAAUGGUUUUUGCUUUAAACUA